AUGGCUGAUCAGGGUAGUAGUCAAGCUGAAGUAAACGAAGUCAUGUUUCCACAGACACGGAGUGCUUUAAUUCAUUUACAAAAUUAUCUUCAGUGUCGCAAGUGCUGCCAGGUUUCUAAAGAGCUCUUUACUUUGGGCCAGUGUGAACACAGAUUCUGUGGGAAAUGUGCUCAGGACAGACAGGGAGCCAUAUGUCCACUUUGUAACAUACCCUCAUAUGCCACUGAAGCACGUGUCGAUAAGCAGUUGUCCAAUAUUGCAUCCCUGUGCUGGUUAAUGUCUGAUAUAUUAAAUGGCAAACAGUUGCCCUUAUCUAGUAAUAGAGAAAUCGUCGAGAAACAGACAGUGGCAGUCAUAACCCCAAGGAGAAAUGAAAGUAAAAAUGCUAAAUCAGAUCAGCGCAGCGUGCAGAAAUGCAGUGAUCAUAGCAGCAAAAAUAUGAUUUCAGUGAUGAGUUCGUCAGUAAUCAAAGCUGGACAGGAAAACAAUAAUAAAACAAGUAAAAACUGUCCACCUAACAAAAGCUGUAAAUUAAACAAGUGUAGGGUGGACAAAAUUGAGACAAAAACUGUGGCACAAGAUGUUACAAUUUCAGCAGUUGCUGCAGAUAGACAAGCAGAAUCAGAUAUACUAAUUACAGGUGGAAAGUCUGCUGCUACUACAAGUCAGAAAAGACAAAAGAAAAGGAUAGCACAUAGAGAUUUAAAGUCUGAUAAAUUGUCAGUCGAUAGCUGUAAGACACCACCAAAACCACUUUUUGAAAAUGUGAGAGAGAAAGAAGCAUGCAAGUCAACUGAAAGAUCAGCAAGUAAGUCUAAAACAUAUCCGAAUAAACGAAAUGCUAAAGGAGAAACACCACUACAAGUUGCAACUAUAAAGGCUGAUGUAGAAACUGUUCAACGUCUGUUGGAGGAAGGCGCUAACCCUAAUGUUAGAGAUAAUGCAGGAUGGACUCCACUUCAUGAAGCUGUCAACCAUGGCCAUGACACCAUAGCUGAACUACUCCUAAACUAUGGAGCAGCUGUCAACACCCCAGGCUUUGACAAUGACACCCCCUUGCAUGAUGCAGUCAACAAUUAUCAUCUGGAGUGUGUUAGACUGCUAGUGUCAAGAGGAGCCAACACAUUAGCAAGGAAUAUACAUGGAAGGACACCUCUAGAUCAAGCACAGACAGAUGAGAUGCGAGAAAUGUUACUGACUGCCUCUAGCACAUCAUUGCCAGCAGCAGACAUCAACACAUCAAUGGUGGCAGAAGUUGGUGAUCAGCCCUUAUGCCUGCUUGGCACGGCGCUUUCCAAGAAUGAACAUUCACUGUUGCUAAAGUGUGCUAAAAUGUUAAGGGCCAAGGUGGUUGAUGAUUUUUCCACUGAAGUCAGCCAUCUCGUCACAGGUGUGAAUGCUGAAGGCAGGUGCCCAAGAACUCUCAAGUAUCUAAAUGUUGUUCUUGCUGGACAGUGGGUUGUUAAUACCAAAUGGCUAGCUACAUGCUUAGAACACAAUAUCAGGGCACCUGAAGAAGACUUUGAAAUUGCAGGCUGCACAAACAAUCCACAAACCCUGGCCCCCAAGAAAUCUCGAGAGAACAAAUAUGCACAGUUACCAGGACUGUUUGAUGGCUGUCAGUUUUAUUUCCAUGGCAAGUUUAACUAUCCCACACCUUCAAGGGAGGAGCUGGCGAGUCUUGUCAAGUCAGGAGGCGGAGUCAUACUGACAAGAGAACCCCGCCUUCACAGUCUGGAUGAUUAUCCAUACACCAUCCCUUUCCAUGCACCUCCCACUAGUGGUCUUGCUGAUUGCGCUAUAUUUGUCAUAUAUGAUGACACCUGCCCAGAGCCCCCUCAUGUUGAAGCUCAACGAAUGACCUGCCUGCCAGUUUCUUGGCUUUUGGAUUCCAUUGCUUCAUUUACUCUUUUAGAUAAGACUGUUUAUUUGAAACAUUAA